AUGGCCGCUAUUUAUCUACACAACGCACUCAACACCCGGGAUUCAUCGGACAUACAAGGGGAGUUACCCGAACAUUCUAGACACCAUUCCACCGUAUCUACAACUACUUUGCAUACCAACACUACCAGUGCACAUUCGCAACCGAACGAGCCACUUCUUCAUCCAAGCUCGCCUCAACGCACUGUGUCAGUUUAUCAACGUUCGUUUCACGAAACAAGACUUCCACAUGAAACUGUGCCACAGUUACGAUGGACAGAUCCUCCUGCACCUUUUGAGGGAUCCAGCAGCCCUGGCGAGAAAUCCAGAACAUCGCUUCAAGGUACUCGAAAGCCCUGGAGACGGAGAAAGAGAAUACGGUUCUCACUUCAAGUCGUCAUAGCUAUUUGGUCCGCCUACAACGUCGCUCGCUAUUUCAUCGCGUCUCGUUUGUAUGGAAGCGAUACACUCGCUGGCCGUUCAAUUUGUCUGGCAUUGGGAAUCAGUGCAGGCAUCACUUUUGCCAUUACCUUCUUAACACUGGUUCUUUCUGGGAUAAAGCAGCAUCUUCAAGUUCACAGCCCUGCUCUAAGGCGCAUACUUCAAUUUUUCUUCCUGUUGCAGCACUUAGCAUCGUUUACACUCCUUGCGCCUGCUGCUGUAGCGUUUGCUUUGACGUUUAUCUGGAAGAAUUCACCGAAUCACCGAUACAACGUGCACAGUCGAUGCCACUUGUCUGUUGACAUUGUUUGGUCGGUGACCACCAAUCCUUGUCAUGACGGUGCCUCCUCAUGGGCUAUUUGGCUCCUAUUAUCAUGUAUUCGCCUCGCCAUUACGUUCUUUAUUAUCGCCAUAUACCAUACACUCACACUCCUUCAUCCUGACUUUCCUCGACGCCCUCCACUCCAUCACCGCCUUCGGUCAGGAUCAGAGACACUGACGCCAAUAUCUUCGUCGAUAAUAGUACCACAUCAGGAUCGACAACAGGAUUUGCGAGUUUAUCAUCAACCAUCAGAUGUAUCUUUAGGUGGCGCAACGCUGAAGGAAGCGACGGGCCGUAGCAUACGACCAGCGCGGUCCCACUCCUCAGAUUUCUCUGGUGAAACCGCUCACGGUGACGCCCAAGGAUACGGCCGCACGCCGUCGGGCUCUGUCGAGUCAGAGGGCAAAUACGAUCAAUGCGGCUAUGGAGAACGCUUCCGGUCGCUUCUAUCCCAGAUCAGUCAGGAAACAGACGCUGCGGUGGAAUACGCCCGACACGAGUCUCCUGAGAACAUUUCCGAAUCCGCGCACCUCCCUCCUUCUUAUUCCCCAGGCAACGACGACGAUGACGACAACAAUGACGACGUAUACAUUCACGAACACACACAAGGCCGACACAACAGCAAUAUUUUCAAUCUCCCUCCCGUUGCGCCGACGCUUGGCUAUAACGAAUUCGGGCUGCCGUAUCCUCCUGACCAGGAUGUGCGUAUGCUCAAUGGAUAUAUACGGCGUAUGCCCACAAUCGAAUCGAUGGGGUCGGGGGAAAUCGCGUCGAGCAUAGGAGCAUCAAGCGUCCGCCAAGGUGGAAGCAUGUAUACGUCCAGUAGACCACCCACCCGCAACACGCUUCUCUCUUUUGCCAGCACCGACUAUGACAUGAUGCCCGCCAACGGAAGUAACCCACCCAGUAGAGCAAACAGCCUGUCCGCUCGUGCUGAGCUGCUCUUGGGUGGCGCCACCGAACAUGGAGAGCUCAUGGUGGGUAGGUCAGACCCGAGCGCGAUGCGGAGGAUGUCCACCCCCAACAGUAUACCAGAUCGGCCACCCAGUAGUCCCAUUACUGAUACAUUUUCGACUGGCACGGCAGGUAGUCGUGGGACAAAUGCGUCCUAUCAUACCGCAACCACUGGAAGUUCAGGCGACUCUCUGCGACCUCCGUAUAGUCAUCAUGAUGCCCUAUCAUAG